AUGGAACAGAACCAUUCUGAUCACAAAUUCGACAGCGGAACGGGAUGGCCCUCAUUCUUCUCACCAGUUAAUCCCAAUAAUGUUGCAUCGAAACAAGAUUAUAGUAUGGGACUUCGAACAGAAGUUCAUUGUGCAAAGUGUAGUGCACAUUUUGGACAUGUUUUUAAUGAUGGACCAGCACCAACUGGUCUUCGCUAUUGUAUCAAUGGGGCUGCAUUGAAUUUCGUGAAGCAAUAA